AUGGCAUCCAUAAUCGUUCCCUGGAUUUUCUUCAUUCAAAUCUUAGCUAUCGCUUCUGAAUUAGAAGCCAAAGUGUCGGCUAUCAUUGCCUUCGGAGAUUCAUUAGUCGAUACGGGCAACAACAAUCACAUCCCAACACUCGCCAAGUGCAAUUUCAAGCCUUAUGGCCGUGAUUUUCCCGGAGGCAUCCCGACGGGACGGUUCUGCAACGGCCGACUUGAGCCUGAUUUCAUUUCGGAGGGCUUUGGGCUGAAACCUAAUAUCCCUGCCUACUUGGACACCGCAUUUAAUAUCUCGGACUUUGCCACCGGUGCUUCCUUUGGUUCUGGUUCAACUGGAUAUGACAAUGCCACAGCUGAUUUACUGAAAGUGAUUCCUCUGUGGAAAGAAGUAGAGUACUACAAGGAGUACCAAGUGAAACUCCGAGCCUAUCUAGGCGACGAGAAGGCGAAUCGGGUAAUCUCAGACGCUAUAUAUGUGAUCAACAUAGGAACCAAUGAUUUCAUCCUAAACUUCUACGGCCUUCCUCGAAGAAAGUUCCAUUUCACCGUUCAACAAUAUCAAGAUUUCCUCAUUGGCAUUGCCAAAAAUUUCAUUAAGCAAAUUUACAGACUGGGAGCUCGGAAGUUGUCCAUGGCCAGCCUCCUUCCGAUUGGGUGUCUUCCGGUGCAGAGGACGAUGAACAUCAAAAACCCUCUCGGCUGCUUCGAGGAACGCAACAAAGUUGCCUUGGAGUUCAAUGGCAAGUUAAAUGCUACGGUGGCGAAGCUGAACGAGGACCAUCCUGGGUUAACAGUGUUCUUCGCGGAUGUAUAUGGGUUGUUUAUUGAUCUCAUCACAAGACCCUUGGAGUACGGUUUUGAGGUUGUAGAAAAAGGGUGUUGCGGAACAGGAUUGUUGGAGACGGCGGUGCUGUGCAACCGGCUUAGUCCAUUCACAUGUCCAGACGCAGACAAGUAUGUGUUUUGGGAUUCUAUUCACCCCUCACAAAGAACAAAUAAGAUAGUGGUUGAUGAGUUACUUCCACGCCUCAAACAACUGUUUCUAUAAUUCCCUCCUACAGU